CCUUGCCCUCCCUCCAUCACGCACGCGCUAAGAGCAGACGUAAAUACUUUACUAUUACCCCGUAAAUUAGGUUUUCUUUUUGUUAUCUGUUAUUGUAAUUACCGAAGAAGUGUUUUUUCUGGGAUUUUCAGGUGUGAUUUGCAACAUGUGUCUGCUGUUCGUGUACAUAAAUCCGGACCCAAAGGAAGGGGAUUAUAAGGUGAUUUUGGUCAAUAAUCGCGAUGAAUUCUAUAGCAGGCCAACUAAAGCAGCCUAUUUCUGGGACUCUGGUAUCUUAGGUGGGGCUGACAUGUAUGCAGGCAGAGAAGGAGGCACAUGGCUGGGCAUGACUCAAAAUGGCAAUAUUGCCUGUUUGCUAAAUAUAUUGAAGCCAAGAGAAGAGUUCAUGAAAGACGGGGCUGCUCGCGGCUUUCUUGUCGUGGAUUUCUUGUUAGGAAACAGUGGUGGUUUUGAAUACAUGAAGAAAAUUGCAGAUUCAGGAGUAAAAUAUAAUGAUUUUAACUUGGUGAUUUUGGAACCAGAAGGCAAUAGCUAUAAAAUAGGAUAUUUAAAUAGUUCGAAAAACAUUCCACAAGUUUUAGAGCCCGGAGUCCUUGGCUUUGGGAACAGUGUGGUUGAAAAACCCUUCAAGAAAGUUCAAAGAGGCAAGAAAAAAAUGGAGGAAGUCAUCAGGUCUUUAGGAAAGAAGAGCUGUGAGAAGGAGCUGAUUCACGAGCUUUUCGAGAUGAUGAAAGACCGUGAAAUGAAUUUUCCAGAUGACCAACUGAGUUACCAAGGUCGUCAACACUCCAAGGACUUGUUAGAUGAGUUGUGCAGAAUGUGGGUCAAAUGUACAUCAAUAAAUUAUGGAACAAGAACAACAACAGUCAUACUGGUGGACCACAAGGGCAACGUUACAUACAAAGAGCAGACAAUGGAGGAACCAAUUGAUAUAAAUAAUGUUACGUGGAAGGAAAAUCAAUAUAAUUUUACGGUGCAGGUAUAGGACAAAAAUUGUGUGCAUAGUUUUGUGAUUCUUUGCCUUAAAGAGUGAUAUGUGCUUAGCAUGUAGAUCUACACUCAUAAAGAUGAGUUCUAAGGGAAUUUAGGUACAUUUAGAUGUUCCUUUUAAGUUGCUCAGCUAAUCAAGUAGCCAAAUGAGUAGUUGGGCUUUUGGUCACAAAUUUAUUAAAGAAGUUUCACCAAAUUGAGGGUAAUGAACUGUAUUCAUGUUGAAAAAUGUAGAAAAGGUAUGAAUCAGAAUGAACAUCUUCACAAUACAAGAGAUGUAUUUAAGUGGUCUUCAUUAGAAACACAUGUAUUUCUGACAAAGAUAUAUUUGAAACCAGUUUUAAAAACAUCUCUUGUGUUGUGAAGAUGUUAAUUCUCAUUCAUACCUUUUCUAGAAUUGAGAGUAGUGAAGAAUUUGAGAAAGGAAAGUUAGUUAUUCCUGUGGCAUCAGUGGGAUUGGGGAGGGGGGUGCAUGGCUAAAUCUCUGGGUGAAGUUGUAAUUUUUUUUUCUGUGCAGUGUUAAAAGUAUUUGAAUUUGUUAUGUUACAAUUAAGGAAAUUUCGGAAAUGAGUAGUGCUAUGUUGAUUUCUGGACACUAUUUUGAUGAAAACAGGCAUGUUCCUGUGGCAUUAGGAAUGUGAUACAGGUAAUAUACUUGCUCCUAAUAAAGUCAUUUAUUUAGUUAAAUACUACAUUCUAUAGCACAUUUUCCUCAUUCUGCUCUCAGAGCUGUCUCUAAAAGAGAGUUUAAGGAGGCUUUUAUAACUGGAACUUCUAAAAGUGGAAAUUAGGUGAUGUAGUUUGAUACAAAUUCUGUGGACUGAGUUUGGCAGGUUGAGGGAAAGAAAAAAAACUAGCCUUUCUCUUUUUUCUGUAUUGUUUAAUUUGUUAGCGAUGCUUUUAACUGAUCAACCUGUGAUUGCCUUUUUCAGGAUGGAGAGUGACAUGUUGAUGGGCAUAACAUGCUUUGUUAGAUCUUGUAACAUAUCUUUCAUGUAAAUAGGAUUAACGUGUUAUGUAACUAUACUGUGAAUAUGUAUAAAGCAGUAUUACAUUUAUACUUAGAGUAUUACUAUUUUAUUUUAUCAAAAAUGUUAUCAGUUGUUAUUACAGUGGAAUUGUUACAAGCAAGUAUUAUUUAGGUUCUAAAAUCAAUGAAAGAAUGUAUGAUAUAAUUGAUAUGCAGUUAUACAAUAUGACUGAAACAGGUGAGAGACAGGAAUUGUAUGAGUGUAACAGGACAUAGUAGAUGGCCUUGCUUAUAUACUCUGUAGAAGCAGAGAGAAAUACAAGUGAAAAAGAAAGCGUU